AUGGCGAGGCGUCCUUCGCUCGCAUCCAUCUCCUCUUCCGUGGCAUCGUCCUCGACCCUCUCCCGCAUCGCAACAUCUCCUCCACAAGCCGCGUCGUCCUUGCCAGCUGGUUUCAGAACACCGACGUCCCCAUGGCCUCCCCGUUCUGCAUCACUGUCUGCACUUGCCCAGCCAGCGGAGGUAGCCAAAGGAACAGACCCCGAUGACCUGUUUACCCGAUACUCCGUGUCCGAAGUGAAGAAUAUCCACCAACGUCUUAGGGCUGAUGCGGAUGCCAAGCAGGAGGAGCUCAGGCUCAUGGUUGGGGAACGAUACCGGGACCUCCUGCAAGCGUCCACCUCCAUAAUAUCCAUUGCACAAUCUACUAAACGCGUGCUGGAGGCUCUGGACGAAAUGAAGGCUUCUAUACCCACUGCAGAUGAGCCGCACCUUCAGAGGCAGGUCUCUACGAGUGAGAAGGACGAGAUAUAUUUGAAGGCGCUGCAAUCGCUCGCGGCGCAUAUGAAGCUUUUGCUGGACACUCCCGAACAUCUAUGGCGAUUGAUCGAGAGAAAGAAAUUUCUGUAUGCGGCGUGGCUAUUUCUGCUUGCAAGAGUCCUUCACAGGGUGCUAGUGCGAGAAAAUGCCCAGGAUCAGGACGAGGAUGAGGAGAGUUGGAAGGCAUAUGGUAUUGAUGUGACCGAACAAUUUCCUCUGGCGCAGCGUCAGUGGGACACCAUUGCCCAAUUUCGUUCACAGAUUGUCCACAAAGCAACGCUAUCCCUUCGCGAAUUUGCUGUAUCAGUAGAGGAUAUAUGCUCGACUUUGCUGACAUUGCACCUCUUAGAAUCCCGACCACUCAACGACACGUUGAUCGUCUUCUUGUCACAACGCACCAAGGGCCUUCAGCUGUCGCUUUCGCGCAGUGCGAAGGCAUCGUUGAACGGCCACUCUUCGCAAACACCGAAUGGCAUUGCAUCGAACAAAUCAAGGAAGGCUGUCGUCCGCGAGGUUCGGGAGAAUAUCACGGCCGUCCUUGAAGUUAUCGCAAUGACAGUCGGAGCUGCGCGCGACAUUUUCAGUGAUGAUGGCUCCCGCAGACGUUCUCUGAUGGUUCGCAUGCUCGAAUUCAUCCAAUCCGACUCUACUUCGUCGCAUGACACGUCUUUGCCACCAGAGCUCCAGAUAUCGACACCCAAUAUCCUCGGAAGCCUUCCAUCAGGAUCUCAGCAUGCCGUACUUCCUCCAAGCAUCCGCUCAUAUAAACCGUACAUCGACCUUUCUUCUUCGUCUUCGUCUUUAUCCCAGAAGCUACUAUCUGACCGGGUCCAGGACUGGUUUCAGAAAGCGAUCCGCGAGCUACAAGUCGCCGCGGAAAAGUGGUUCUCUGACUUGAAGACCCUGAAGGAAGUAUGGGUCAUCCGGACGUGGGUCCGACAAUGGGUCAGUGAAAAUGCGCACCUGGAGGAGAGCGAAAGGGCAGCUUUCAAGGAGUCUAUCGACGCUCUUGUAGAGAAACAGGCCGUGCAGAUCUGGAAGUUGGCUCUGAAAGAUAUAGAGGAUGUGUUCCGAGCCGAAUUGAACUCGGCGUUCACAGCACUGUGCGAGGGCGCGAGUGAUAACGUCUUAGAUGCAUCACCCGCUAAAUUUUUGUUUCAGGCGCCUCCUGCGCUGUCUCUACAUGACGCAGGUGUGGGCUCUGCCAGCAUGAUAUAUUCAUUCAGGAAGUACGAAUCGGCUCUUCGAUAUCAGGUAACUGGUCGGACGCCCCUCCUAGAUGGUGUGCUGAAGGCGAUCGAAAGUCGUGCGGAGGCAUUACACAAGGAUCUUCGCGCCGUGAGGAAAGACGAGGGCGAUAGUCGGGAACUCACUGCUCAGUUGAACGAGGCAUAUCGCCCUGAUGCCGAUAAGCUAUGUGCCGCGAUCAUUGACGUUAUUUCCUCCAGUAUGGCCAGCGUAACAGAGGAAUCCAGUGCAACGAUGGGUGCGAUCGCGUUUCUCGGGCGCAUCUCCAACGAGCUGUCGUUAUCCUCCUUUUUGUCCAAUGUGUCAUGUGGGACCGACGCGGGCAAUAAUUUUCAGGGAAAGGCUCAGGCCCUCCGCGAGCUCGCUGUCAACCGCUGGCAAGAAUACACUAUCAGAAAUGUCCUUGCUUUGUACCGAACGGCUCGUGAGAGCUGCGCGCGCAACAGUAAUGAAUCAUUGGGUCCUUCUUCGUCCCUCAUCCAAGCUCUGCUUUCCAUGUGCAACUCUCUACAAAAUCUGGGAAUGUCGCUAGAUUCUUCCCGGGAAAAUAGGUUUUCAGAAGCAACACUGCAACUUUUUGUCACUUCAUUGCUCGAUGAAGUCACUUCACAAACGCUGGACGUCCAAACGUGUUGGAAUUUGAAAUUCCUACGCAGUCUGUCCGAGCUUUGGGGCGAUACAUGGGCUUCAAUAAUUGCGCGCAUCGACGGACUCACUCGACCGGACAUUGAGGUAGGCUUACACUCAAAGCAGAUACGGAAUUGGCCGCCUAUAAAAGGUCCAGAAACUGUCGACCUCGAGCUGGAAGGUGAUAUGUCGGAGCAUAUAUCGCGUACCCAGAUCCUUUUGGCGCCUCUUCUUCCACCUUCCUGGCCCCCGACACCGCUCAGCAAGUCGACGAGCAAAAAUGGCAAGCCCAACUCCCUUCUACAGUUCGGAGUACCGAUUAGCGAGCAUGCUCGGCCCGCGAUGGACCUUGUGAAGCCUGGUCCUCGGUUUGGAUUAUUGUUGGUUGGGAGUAACACAGUCCAAUAAACUACUAAGCAUCGGCAGUAGUACUCUUCUAUUUGGUUGGGGAUGCGAGGUGUAGAUCGGCAUGUAUCGCGCAAUAUCCAGGUGCUAUGAAGUGUUCUUGUGGCUGGAGAAUCAGUGACGUAGAUGGUCUGGAAGUGUUUUCCACAGUCCUGGAAGGUGUGCCUGAAUGCGUGAACGGACGUCUGCAACAACCCGCGCAGAAUAAUGGCGAGCAAACUUGAGAAUUAUGCGAACGCUGUCCUCGUCAGGCGCCACGUCAUCUACUCCUUUCCCCAUCUCAACGCACAAUUGCCUUACAGCUUCCCCGAACUGGCCUGAACGACACAGACACUCCAACCAAGCAUGCCAGUUCCGGAGGUUUAACCGGUAGCCGUCCUCGUGAAGCUUUUCAAAUAACCGAAAGGCGGCCUUCGAAGCACCUGCGAAUCCAUAAGCAUCGAAGAUAAUGCUGAUGCUGGUUUGAUCG